UGAAUUGCUCUAGAAAAUGAAAUAAAAGUGAAGAAAGAAGAGAAAAAAAAAACAACAACAACAAUAACUAUACCCAAGAAGAUAACACACAUAACGUAUCCCCCAGGAAUCGUUCGCUCUUUCUCUUCAUAUCUUAUCGUGUGUCGUGAGUCGUGAGUAGUGAAUACAUAUAUAUCAGAAUAGCAGUACAUCCAUCGCUAACCAAAUGAAACCAAAAACAACAAAAAACCAACCCUUCGCUUUUGGUUCUGUUCGGCGUACGGUAUAAGGCACAAUCGGUCGGUCUUUAGCAGGGGUGUGCUAUAAGUACGACUCUACGACGACGAAGAGUAGAUAGAUAAAUAUAUCGGCGAAAAAUAAAGUCAGAAAACCCAAACUGAACUCAACUCAACUACAAAAACUUAACUCACAAAAUAAACGACACGAAAUCCAGAACAGAAAAAGCCCAAAAAUAAUAACGCGCUGCUUAGCUCAGCUCUGUAGCUCUAUAGUCUCUGGUCUCUGGUCUUUGGUACUCAAAAUUUUCAAAACUCGCUUGCGGUUGUAGUGAUAAAUGGUCGCACUUCGCUCUGGAAUCGAUUGUUAAACGACACGACGACCGAUACGACGCGGCGAUAUUAUAAGCGUUUGAAAAAUAGAAAUUAAAAAUACCAAAAUUUAUUCCUCAAAAAAAAUUAAUUUUAUCCUAAAAAUGCUUAUAUCUAGAUAGUGUGUAUGUUUUUAUUGUUUUCUAAUUUACAAAUUUAAAUAUUGAAAAUAUACAUAAUAGAAAAAUAUAAUAACGUUUUCAAUUCAUUCAAGAAAAUAAUGAAAGAAAAUAAAAAACAAAAAUUAACCUAAAAAGUGCUUGUUUCGAAUUUUAAGCAAUUUUCAGAAAUGUAUUUUUAAAAAAAUAAGUUGAUAACCGUUUUUUUCGAGUUACGACGAUUUUUCAUUCAAUUCGCGGAUUUUCAAGUGAAAAACAGCUCCAAAAAUAUAAUAAGAAUAAAAUACAACAAAAUGAAAAGUUAAGUGAAGAAAAUAGAUAUACGUAGAUGGGAGAAAGAUGAUGGUGAAAAUGAUGAUGAUAAUGAUGAAAAUGGUGAUGAUGAUGAUGAUGAUGAAGUGAUAGUAUAGUUGAGCUUACAUACAUACAUAUAAAAAUACAUAUAUAUUAUAUAAAAUAUCUCUAAAUGAAGAGGGAAACGACGACGACGUCGACGACGAGAUAUCCCAAAAAAGAACGGAAGUGUUGAGUGCGUCGUUUUAUUAAGAAGACGUUGACGGGUUUUUUAUUUUAUCCGUUCUCGUUUUGAUCCGAGCGCUCGGUUCCUUUUCGGAGGCGAUGAAAAAUAAAGUUAAAUGAAAGAAUUGAAAAUACAAAGUUUUCUCAGUUUUUCCUCAAAAAUGCAUUUUCUAAAUCACAUUCAAAAAUUUCAUCUAAAAUAAAACGAAACACAAAUUAAAAAAAAAAGAAAACACAUAGCAAUGGGAGUAACGACCACCGAAUUUUCACUAUUGGGACCAUUUUGUGGAUAAGCGAAAAAUAAAAUAAAAAUAAGGGAGAUACAGCACAAUAACAACAACAACAACAACACCACACCACACCAAUCAAUUGAGGACGACAAAAAUGACAAUAUACAGUAAUAUAUUGUUUUAAAUUUUUACUAAAAAAAACCCACGAGAAAUACUGCUCAGCACAAUCUAUUCGUCGAAACAUCCUUCAUCAUAAUAUUUAAACAAAAAAAUAGAUAAUAAUUUAUAGAUGUUUAGCUUUUCGAUAAAUCAUUUCGAAUCCGCAACCCGCAUCAUCAUUAAAAUUAUUAUCGAUUUCCUUUGAUAGUGUUUAAAAAAGAAAACACUCAAAAACAAACAAAAUUCAUUGCUGCCAAAGAAUUCAUCACAUAGCAUCGCGCAUCUUUGUCGAAAAAAAAUCAAUAACUCACAUCAUCAGUUAGGCAAUCAGUCAGGAUAUAUGUAACAUAGCUUAGAUACAUUAGCUACAGCGCAUAUAUACAUAUUGUACAGCAUACAGCAUGUUCGAAUGUUUUCGAAAAGUGAUAUAAAUAAAACUUCAUUAAACGGGCAGUGCAGCCCCGCGGCUUGCAUAAAAAGGCAAUCGCUUAGAGUUACACGCGCAACCCACUACUAAAUGCAGUGGAAGAAGAAGUUUACUCGAUUGAAAGCAGCUACUGGACAUUCGCGUGCGCGAAGGAUGCUUUGUUGUGGACGAAGGAAGGAAAAUGGAAGAUCAGUUCCUGAUGUUACAGCUAGCCCGGGACGUGCUCCACCUGGGCCGUUGCCAUCAAAUCAAAUGCAACAAAUGGGUGGACAGCAACAACAAAGACAGCAAGGUGUCAAAGAACCUGUUCUAUUGCAGGGUGACUUCCGCAAGGUGUCGGGCAUUAGUUCGGAAAUUUUCCGGCAGAUAGAAGCGGUUGAGAAUGAUCAUGAUCCAAAUACAGCUGCAGCAUUGGAGGCCGUUGAGAGGCGUGGUGAGAUGAUAGUUAGAAUUUUAGAACCCCGUAGUAUCGGUGGCAAGCAUGCUGUUGAAGCUGCUCAUAAGCUUAUGGCAAAGGGUGAUGCGAGACAUACGGUUCAGCUAGUUGAAAUUGUGAAACGACCAGGCCAAACUCUAGGUCUAUAUAUACGCGAAGGAAAUGGAGCUGACCGGACUGACGGCGUUUUUAUAUCUCGAAUAGCUUUAGAAUCUGCCGUUUACAAUAGUGGAUGUCUCAGGGUGGGCGAUGAAAUCUUAGCGGUAAAUUUAGUUGACGUGACGCACAUGUCCCUGGAUGAUGUUGUUAUUAUCAUGUCCAUUCCACGACGUUUGGUGCUGGCCAUUCGACAACGACGUGGUGCUCGUGGUACCAGCUCACCUGGCCCACCAACACUUUCCCGACCCGAACAAAAGCCACCGCCAGUUGUUGUCAUCAAACGCGACCUCAGAGACGAAGACUUAGAUGAUGCGGAUCGCAUGCCACGUUCCCGGUCAUCACGUGAAAGACGUACAGGUGAUGGCAGGGAAAUGACAGAGUCCCGAUCAAGGCUUGGCCUAGGUUUGAAUAAUUACAGUCCUCAGAGUGAGCAGCUAGAUCUUUAUUAUAACACGCGGGCAAAUGUUAUGCAAGAACCACCCAGUUGGGGCUAUAAGCCACCACCACCACCGUCAGUGAUUACCGAACAACCGAAGAGUCAUUCGUUUGCCCCAUCAUCAGCCUACUACCAAAAUGCUGGCACUCUUGAAAGCCUCGCCGAAAAGGUCCACUCCUUCUAUCCGGGGCCGUCACGCCGCAUGUCAGCAGGAGCUGGAGUGAGCUUAGCUCAGCAGCAUGCACGCUUUCCACGCAGCGGUUCGGAUCAGCAUCUGCCGCGGGUUGAGUACUCGGAUUAUUCGUCCUCUUUGGGUAGGCAUUCUUUGCUUAGAUCAAGUCUUAAGCCAGGUGCACUCACAUCAGCUGGUGGUACCCUAGGUCGAUACGGAAGGUAUGAGCCACAGUCACGCAACUCCAAGUAUGGUGUACCACCCAGUGCUGCCUCGCAGUCGCUAACUCGCAGAUCAAGACCAUCUAUUGACUACUCUAGUGAUACAGAGGCAACGAUCGGUCAAAGGCCCAGCUACUACUACUAUAAUCGGCCAGCGAUCGGGAGCAUACCUCGUGGCACGACAACUGGCAUAUUGGGUGGUAAUAUUGCUCAAGAUUCGGCCAAAUUCAAUUCACUGCCAAGAGAACGUCCCGGAGUUCGCAUGAGUGGCAUCAGGCCGCGCAUCAGUGAUCGAAUUAUGGACGAUGCCGAUGGAAAUCUCUCUGCACCGGAAUUCACUGGACGCCGGGAUUUGCGGGAACGCGAUCUGCGAAGCAGAAUAACAGCAAGUCCUUCGAUUUUCACUUCCGAUGAGUACAGGGCUUGGUUGAGACGUGCUCCAAGCAGUUCUGCCAUUGCGGAACAGAUGCGCCUUACCAGGGACUUGCUCAGCCAGCCACGAAGUCACAGGUUCUCUUGCAGUGCUGAAAACAUCCACGACGCUCUAAAGAACACUGAGAGCAUCUACAGCAGUCGAACGGGAGUAAUGACCGGAACUCUCGACCGCCAUCUUGGUAUGCCACGACCUAUAUCUUCCUUACCGGUCAGAUCGAUGUCCUCGCAGCACAUUGGUGGUCCCUCGUCUAUCCGAUCGCCAAGCAUCCGACGGAUGAGACAGCUUUUGGAACUAUCAACAGGCCCCGCCAGUCCAAGUGGAAGCAUCCUAAGUGGAGGUGGCCAUCAGAGUCCAGCUCCAACGCCAAGCGCAACAUUGCCCCGAUCACAUCGUCAGAUCGACAUAAAUCCAGCCGAGUUCGCAAAAUACAAGCUCGACAAGCCCAUCAUGGACGUGGGAGGCGUAUCGGGCAUGCUCUGGAUUCAUCUACUGGCCGGACGUGGUCUACGAACAGCCCCAGAAAUCAACCAGCCUGGAGCUCCACAAGCUCAGAGCCGUGAUCUGUAUUGCGUUCUCGAGUGUGAUCGCGUGCACAAGGCAAGAACUGUUGUCCGCUCGGGAGACCUCCAGUUCGACUGGGACGAAUCCUUUGAGUUGGAUCUGGUGUGCAAUAAGCAAUUGGAUGUGCUCGUCUAUUCGUGGGAUCCCCAGCACAGACAUAAACUCUGCUAUCGCGGUGCAAUCUCCUUGGCAUCCCUCCUGCGACAGUCACCAUUGCAUCAGCUGGCCCUCAAGGUGGAGCCCCGUGGCACGAUUUACAUCCGUCUGCGACAUACAGACCCUAUCACUUUGUAUAAGCGCCGUGGUCUGCCAAGCCUCCGGGCUGGUUACCCACAGCUGUUCGGGGCCGAUUUGGAGACUGUUGUAAGUCGCGAGUCAAAGGGAGCUCCUGGCAGUGCACCCGUUCCAAUAGUUCUGCGUCGUUGUGUGGAAGAAGUCGAACGCCGUGGCUUGGACAUCAUCGGACUGUAUAGAUUGUGUGGAUCGGCUACGAAAAAGAGGCUUCUGCGUGAGGCUUUCGAAAGGAACAGCAGAGCGGUCGAACUGAGCCCGGAACAUGUUCCUGACAUCAAUGUCAUAACUGGAGUCUUGAAGGACUACUUAAGAGAGCUUCCGGAACCACUGUUCACUAGGUGUCUAUUCCAAAUGACUGUUGAUGCUUUAGCUGUUUGCUUACCCGACGAUCCUGAAGGAAACGCAAAAUUGAUGCUGAGUAUCCUCGAUUGUCUACCAAGAGCAAAUCGGGCAACCCUUGUGUUCCUGCUGGACCAUUUGUCACUAGUGGUAUCGGCCUCGGAGCGUAACAAGAUGUCAGCUCAAGCCCUCGCCACAGUCAUGGGUCCACCUCUAAUGCUCCACUCCUCGAGUGCACCCCCUGGCUCUGAUAUCGAUCAUGCUCAACCCAUAGCCGUAUUGAAGUACUUGCUCCAGAUCUGGCCUCAACCACAGAUUGGCGGUGGUGGAAUGGGCUCACUCUCCACAGUUGGAGUCUCGGCCAUUGUCGGUCCAUCCUCAGGUCGGCGCGGCGAGUCAACAGGGCAGCGUGGAAGCAAAGUCAAUGUGUUGCAAGUGGACAAACACCAGCAGCAGGCCAGUCUUCUUCGGCCGUCCAUUUCGGUAACCAACAUACUAUCCCAAGGCCAACAUCAUCUCUCAGCCACAGCCAGCACUCAUCUGUAUCAAUCAGUAGUGGGUCAGUUAGCUCAAUCGCCUCGAGCCUUGCAACAAGCGGUGCAACAGCCCCAUCAAUUGGCGGUCUCAGCGGGCUCAGCAAUUCAAGACCAAUCGCAACUGCCACUUCCAGGAACACCCUCCCCAGGCAGUAGUUCGGCAUCGACAGGUUCGGGCUCGGGUUCAGGAUCAGGAACUGAUACAAUAAAACGUGGUGCAUCACCAGCAUCAGUGAAAAAUGUAAAAAUAUACGAAUCUCCAAGCUCAUACUCAAUAUCCAAACAACAACAACAGCAACAACAACAAUUAAAUGAACCACAAAAAACUCAAGCAACACCAACAACAUUGACAUCAACAACAACAACAAAAGAAAGCAAUAUUGAUAAAACGAAAAGCAACGUUGGCAACAAUGGUAUCCAUGGACCAAAAUCAACCUCAUUCUCCACUACGAGCAGCAGCACCGCCACCACCAGCGCAACUUCUUAUUCUUCUUCUGCUUUGGAACCAGCAUCCAAUUCAUCCUACACCACAUCAUCUGCACGUCACCAAAAGUCAUCAGCAACUUCAUCAUCAUCUUCAUCAGCUACCACUGUUGUGGGUGCUGGCUCAACGACCUCUGGGGCCACCACCUCAUCGGAUGAUUCCGACGAUCUGAUAUCAUACAAAUCCUCGGCGUCGACAAACGCCCUGCUUGCACAAUCCCAGGCAAUGACAACAACUCAGCUCAUGUCGAAGUAUCUGAAGCGGGAGCCACGAGUGACCUUCACUCCUAUCAAGUCUCCAACCACUCCCUCGCCACCAUCUGGGUCAUCGACGGUCCUGAGCCAGGAUAAAACUUCGACGGGCGACAAAACGGACUCGAGUGGUUUUUACUCGGCCCGUGGUUCCUAUCAAUUAAGCUCAAGUCUGAAGACCUUUGGCAGCGGACACGACGACUCCGCAGGCUCAGCCAGCAAGUAUCAUUCUCCAUCGUCGCCAUCUUCGGCCUCAGGUUUGACCUCUUACGGUGGGACCAAGUAUGGCUACACAUCGGCCUCAGAUUCGGUAUCACCAUCGUCGUCGACCUACAGCAAGGCGUCUUCGCCUUCUAAGCCCACCAGUAGCGCUCUUAACAAUCUCUCGUCGUCGGGAUCCGGAACAGCCUCAUCCACGUCAUCAUCGAACAGCCUAGGUAGGAGUUACUUAUACCAAUCCUCAGACACGCCGCCGAAGACGUCAAGUAAUAAUUAUUCUAGCAACACUAUAAACUUAGUUAAUAAGCAGCAGCAACAACAACAAUACGUAGCAAGCCCAGACCGUAGUCAGUAUCAGCAGCAUGCUUCGUCGAGCGCUUCAGGAAUACCAAGCUACUCCAGCAGUAAUGUAUUCUCUAGCUCUAGCAAUGGCGGUAACGCCCUUUUAUACGGAACACUGCCCAAACACACACCUGGCAGUAAUGGCGGCGGUGUCGGCGGCAACGGUGGCAGCGGCAAUGGCAGCAAUAGCAGCAGCACGGCAGCGAUGUUAUCCUCGACAACAUCAUCCUAUUUAUCCGACUCAAUUGGCACAACGGCCAGCAGCAGUGGGGUCAGCUCAAUGGCUGGCUCCGCCAGUAGCUAUGACUUCUACACAAAUCCUAGUAAUACGCGUGCGUUUGGUAGCUCCUCGUCAGCAGCCUCCUCCGGUAACGGCGGCGGCAGUACGGGCAACUAUCAUACGCUAGGUUCAUACAGAGUACAGUAUUCGUCGACUAAUCCAUUUUUGGAGGCCUUCGACCCCCCAGCAACAUCAUCGUCUGUUGCAUUAAACCAUCAUUCGAACUCCAACUCCCAUGAUCGAUCAAUCAUGUUGAGCAACUUUCAUUCAGAUUCAAAAAAUAGCGAUGAGUAUGACGACUUAAAGUAAGAUCGCAGGGAGGUUUACAACAAGUUCUAAUCAUUUAACUUAAACAUUAAACAUGAAUACUUAUAACUUUAAAAAAUAGGGUAUUUUAAGGAGAUAUUAAACCAAAAAUUACAACAAGUCAGUCUUUGCAUUUAAAAAAAUAGUUUUUUCAACAAACAAAAAAUACUGAAAAUAGUUUUCAUGUUUUUCUAUAUAACAUACAUACAACAUGCAGCAUACAAAAAUAUUCUAAAUGACAUUUUUAACUAAGGUUGUCCAAUCGAACAGAAUUUAAAUAGAAACAUUCAUACUAUACCUAAUACAACUUUAUACAUAAUACAAGGACAUGCAUUGAACAUACAUACAACAAAACAUUAUUCGAAAAAGACCAUUUAUAAUAUUAUCAUUUUCGAGUUUGAGACUGCAAGGGCUAUGUAUGCGGAUGUUGAUUGAUGUUUUCAAAGUUCCAAGACCCUUUAAUUGAACGUUAAAGGGUGAAGGAAGAAGUAAUUACUUUGUUCAUUUGACAUGUCUUAGGGGAUUACCAACUUAAAGACGUUUAACUGAAACAAAAAACACAACGUCUUGUAAUGUUCGUUAAGAUUCGUUAAGUUUUGUAAAAUUUAAACGUCAAAUUGCGUUGAAAUAAAACAAUAAUAGUUACUUUUUGUUUUAAACAUAACUUUUGAUAACAUUUCUAUUGGUUUUGACAGUUUUAAAGGUAUAGAGUUCCAAAUUUUGUUUUAUAAGGACUCAAAUCACACUUAACCUAAUGUCAAAAUUGAAAGAAGUUACUGUCAGGACAGUCAAUGGACAGGUUCAGACGCUGUAAGGGACUUGAAAGUAAGUAAAGUUUUUAGCCUCUGAUUGGCCGCCUGCCAAAGAAUUACCUUCCAAUUAAGGCAACCUUAAUUCAAAGUGGACUGGAAAGUUAGUCAAGAAAAAUCUCUCUAACCAUUAAGUCAAGUCUACUUCUAUCGAAAUGACAGUUGAUCUUGUUUUUUCAUUCAACUUAAAGCUGAACAUAAUUACCCUAUGAUUUAUUUAUUUUCUGCACAACUCCAUUUAAUGUUUUCUGUAAAUGGUUUCCUUGUCAAUUCGGAAAAGAAAUAAGUAAUAUUUCUUUACAAUCAAAAUACAAAUCAUGACGGACUUGUAGCUUGCCUGAGGAAUGUUUUUUUGACAAUAAUGUUUGUGGUAGUUUUUGUACUAUGAACAUAAAGUAGUGGUUCACGAAGUAAAGUUCUGAAUUUGAAAUUCAUGUCACUUGAAAAACCAAUUAGUUGCCUUGAUCAAAAAUGUAUUUUCAAAUAAUGAAGCUGCAAAUGAAGUCCCUUAUGUUGUCGGAACUUGCCCAAUACCUAUAUUUGCUUCUGUUAACUAAAGCAAAUGUCAAAAGCAAUGACAUUUGACAGUUUAGAAAGUUCCAAGCUUUUGGAAUAGCUAUUGAUUGAUUUGUUUUCUUUGGUCGUCGUUCCUAGCGCCAGAAAAUAACGGGAAGUAAAAAAGAUUU